CUCAGAGAUUCAUCUGCCUCUGUCUUCUGAGUGCUUGGAUUAAAGGAGUGUGCCACCAUGCCUGGCUUGUGCCUGUACAUUUUUAAGCUUGGGUGUUACUCUGGACCAUGGUUUUACAUCUUCUUGUUUCCCCAAGUUCAUAAAGGCAGAAUACUGUAUCACUAAGAAUUCCCAAUGAAUCCAUGUCACCCCAAACCCCUAGCUAGCUACCCAGAAGGAAGCCAAAUUGUGUCAGUAGUACUUAACAUGUGAUUAGGAGCUCAAUAGGACAAGUGUGUGUCUACAUCCUGGGAAAUGAGAGGUACAGUGGUUUUGCUUUCAGAAACCUGAGAACAUGGUAUUUUUAGAAGGAACACCAGGUCAUCCCUCUCAAUCAAGGUCUUGCCCACCUGCCUUGAUUCCUGAGUUUUGAGUCUUAAAACUGCAAUGGUCAGGCCUAUGAGCUCCCCAGAGUCCUGUCUAUGUUAACAACUGGUCCCCAAGUGGUGAGGAUCUGGUACCUGUGGCUCUCAUCCUGGAGGGACAGGUAAGGGUACUUUGACUACAUAUUACUUCCCUUUCCAUUAAAGUCUUACCCUCUCUGCCUUGGUUCUGUCCUCCCAGUUAUGUCCCUCUCAGCUCCAUCCACCCUUACUAGUACCUCCUCCUUACACACUGUUCUGCCUUGCAGAUCUCCCUGUCAGCUCCCUAGCAUGGCACUGCAGUGUCUCAUGCUCCUGACUGGCCUUCUGAUGGGUGGCAUGAGCAAGUCCACAGAAAGCAAGGCCCAGCAACCUGAGUGUUGUAUGGAUGUGGUAGACUUCAAUGCUACCUGCUUAGGUACAGGUCUCUGUGGCCCAGGUUGCUACAGGCACUGGAAUGCAGAUGGGAGCGCUAGCUGUGUCCGGUGCUGGAAUGAGACCCUCCCAACAUACAAUGGCUCCGAGUGCAGAAUUCGUAUGUCUUCUCCAAGCUAUCUGCCCCAGUUCCCCCAGACUUCACAGGGGUCCUCCUGUCCAAUUUGGGGAGAAACCAAGGGAACUACUGUACUUGUCUUCUUCAACCGCAAAGACAGUACUCACCUUGCCCAGGAGUAUUGUUUAUCAGUGAGCAGCUCCUUCCAUCCCUUCCUGAGUGUUCUGUUUACUGAGGAUAGCUGUGGGUGUGAACUGCUCCUUGCUUUCUCAUCUCUAAGACAUCCCUUUAGGACUAUAUAUAGAGGCCUCAGUAGGGUCGCAGGCAUGGCCAAGGCCUCCCCUCAGUUCUGCUUUCCCACAGUCACUGGACGGGGCAUGCAGUUUCCCAUGAACAGAAGCACAGGGACACCUGGACAGCCACAUAUUGGGGGUUCUCAUGUGGCAGCUUCCCUCUUCCUGGGGACACUCUUCAUCAGCACAGGUCUCAUCCUCUCUGUGGCUGGGUUCUUCUACCUCAAGCGCUCCAGUAAGCUUCCUGAAGUUUUCUACAGGAGAGACAGAGCCCCUGUCCUGCAGCCUGGUGAAACAGCUGCAAUGGUCCCCCUGCCACAGUCUUCAGUGAGGAAGCCAAGAUACAUCAGGCGUGAGCAGCACCCAGACAAAAAUAGGGAUCCUUCUGCCUUCUCCACAGUGGAGGCCCACAUCAGCAACGUCUGAUCUAGAGGUCAACUGAGACUUCACAGUACAGCAGUGGAGACCCAAGGCUCCCCUCCAGUGAGCGCAAUACACAAAGGGCCUGGGCCUUAAGAUAUGCCAGAAUUGACUCCCAAUGACAGACAUGUACAACUGCUAGGGGGAUGCUGAUCUCCAUGCCAUGAGAUCUUCACUGUGUGGUUUAUCAGGAGUAACCAUCUGUGAGACCUGAGGACUCAAGAGCAAGUCGUGUGGGGUCUGUGCCCCUUAAGAGUAACAGCAUCUAUAACAGCUAUAGCACAGGCCUGAUCCAAAUGAUCAAAUCUUCUGGAGCCCACCCACUGGAGCCCAUGCUAGACAGGAAUCUCUCCAUCACCACCAAGCUAAGAAGAGUGAAACCAAGAUUCCAACAGUGGAAAAAACACAACCUGGAAACUGGUACCAGAGAUAGCUUGCUCUAGUGUCAGCCUGCUAAUUUAGCUGCUGACCUCUCAAAGCAUAUAUUUCUCAGAGUUGCAGAAUUGAGUGUCCUAGGUUUUCUGAUUCCAGAAGCCAGCAGAACCUUGUCUCCCAGGGACAGACUCCCAUCCAGCUACCUUUCAGGCUGGGCACUCAAAGUAAAAUGUUUAUCCACGGAGCCUCCAUCUCUGAACACUUCAGGUCACUUGUCCCAUUGGGCUUGUGAGAUCAUGCUGGUCAGCAGUCCUGUCUUUGCUCUUCCAAGACUCCAGAAGCUAUGUCUGUGAGUUGCUAGUGUGGUUGGUGGCAUUGGCCAUGUGCUUCUGUAGAAGUACCCUGAUUACCAGUGCCACCCUUCGUGUAUGGUCCAAAGGUGUCUAGCAUCUUUUUCAACAUUGGGCACACAUCUGAUGUUA